GCCAGAUUUUCCAUUGUAUUGUAGUGAGUCCACCCACACAGCCGACCCCGGCUUUUGUACGAGAUGCCAUGUGUGUGGCCUGGGGACAGGACCAUUAUAGGACUUUUGACGGCAACGUUUUCUCGUAUCAAGGCCAGUGCGAGUAUGUGCUUGCCAAGGACUGCAGCGGAAACUCAUUUCAUGUGAACGUCAUCAACGAUCGCAGCUGUACACCAAAUGCUCCCUGUCAUAGGAAUGUAGAUAUUCAUUUUGGCUCAACAAAAGUGCAAUUUAAGGCCGAAGCUUCCGGAGAGAAAGUACUCUGGGAUGGAGCAGAACUCACCGUCCCUACAAGCAAAGACCGAGUGGAAAUAAUAAAAGUCGGCCACUACACCAUUCUGACACAUUCAGUUCUAGGCUUUAAGGUGCGAUGGGAUGGGAGAGAAUCUGUCUUUGUUUCCAUCAAUGCCGCUCUGAAGGGUAAGAUGUGUGGUCUUUGUGGUCUGAAUGACGGAGAUAGAACGAACGACUUCAAAACCUCCUCAGGGGCCACAGUCACCAAGGCAGACAUGGCAACCUUUGGAAACUCAUGGAAGGAGACCGCAGCAGGAGCGGACACUUGCCCUGAUAGCACACAGAAGUCAUGCACAGCAGCUGGCAGUACUCAAGCUCAGACAGUGUGUAGCCAUCUGACCAGUGGGAGCUUCCAGGCUUGUAACUCUAAGGUAGAUCCUACCCCCUAUAUAGAGGCCUGUAAGCUGGACUGCUGCAGUGGCGGGGAUUCUACCACAUGUGGCUGUAAGAAUUUCGAGGCUUAUGCACGUGCAUGUAUGGACGCGUCACCCACACUUAGAGAUCUGACCUGGAGAACAAAUCAACUCUGUCCGGCCCCAUCUUGCCCUAACAAUCUAAUCCACAAGGAAUGCGGUAACUGCCAGCUGAAGUGUGGCGCUGGGUCUAACGUGGCCGGCUGUAAGGAGACCACCUGUUUUGAUGGCUGUUUCUGUCCCCCGGGGAUGGUCCUGGAUAAGGGUGUUUGUGUGUACCCUGAGCAGUGUCCAUGUUUACACGGGGACAAGAUGCUACCGGCUGGCUCGGUGGUACCCAAAGACUGCAACAAAUGUACAUGUAAAUCUGGCAAGUGGGAGUGCACCACUAAACGCUGUGCUGGUACCUGUGCGGCCACGGGGGAUCCCCACUACCUGACAUUUGAUGGGGUCAGAUACAACUUCAUGGGGAUCUGUAGCUACUACAUGGUCCAGGACAAUGAUUUUGACGUCAUCGCCAACAACAUUGCUUGCGGUCACGGACACGCCUCCUGUACUAAAUCCAUCAGCUUCAACUACAAUCAUCACUUUGUCACCAUGGACCACAACCAUGUGUUGACUAUUGAUGGCCAUGAUAUUACCCGGCUGCCUUAUAAGGAGAACGGAAUACAAAUCUUCAUGGUGUCAUCCUUAUUCAUGAAGGCCGUCCUUGGAAACGGAGUUGAAAUCCUCUGGGACGGAAGAACAAGGGCAUACAUCACCAUGCCAACGACCUUCUUCAACAAUACCAAGGGCAUGUGUGGAACCUGGGAUCACAAUCAGAAGAACGAGUACCUGACGCCUCACGGAGACAUCGAACCCAACACCAAUCUGUUCGGUAACCACUGGAAACUGCAGGCUAACUGCCGCAACGAACCGGAGAACGCCACCACAGACCCCUGUGUUGAUAACGCCGCAGGGAAGGCUCAAGCCGUGAAAUACUGCGCCUACCUCAAAGGAGAUGUGUUCAAACCCUGCCAUGCUUUAGUGGACUAUACUCCUCUCUAUGAGAACUGUAUGUUUGAUAUGUGUGCAUGUACUGAUAAUCUAAAAGACUGUCUGUGUCCGAUGCUGGCUCAAUACGCUGCGGACUGUGCUGCCUCUGGCGUAAAUCUACAUUGGAGGAACAGUAUACCAGAGUGCCGUUUACCUUGUACGGGUGGACAGGAGUACAAGAACUGUCCCAACGAGUGCGUGCGUACUUGCCACAUCAUAUCCAAUAACCCGGUUUGUGACCAGGACCUGACCCGCUGCGCCGAGGGCUGCUCCUGCCCCGAGAACCAGACCCUGAACGACCACGGAAUGUGUAUCCCCAUCAGUCAGUGUCCCUGUGAGUUCGGCACCAAACAGUUCGCCCCAGGAGUACAAACCAAAAUGGAAAACCAAAUCUGCACCUGUGAAAAUGCCCUUUGGAACUGCACCCCAAUUACCAACACAACCAAAGUAGAGGUCCCCAAUAUUUGUAAAGAGACAGAAAUUUAUACCAAUUGUACCUCUCUCUGCCCCCUCACGUGCGAGAACAUUGGGGCACCUCCCACCUGCCUGCCCCCUGCCGCCGAUGACUGUACCCCCGGGUGUAUAUGUAAGGAUGGAUAUGUAUGGGACGGUAAUGACUGUGUACCCAGACUAGAGUGCCCCUGCUACCAUGGGGGAAAGCCAUAUAAAGAGGGGGAAAAGUACUACCAGGAGUGUAAUGAAUGCACUUGCAGUGGUCAGAAUUGGGUGUGCACACACAAGGAAUGCCCCGCAGUUUGCAGUGCCUUUGGUGACAGUCACUAUACGACGUUUGACGGCAAACAUUAUGAGUUCCAGGGAACCUGUAGUUACAUCUUGGCCCAGUCUACCACCGAUAACCCUAGUAAAUUCGUGAUCUCCACAGAAAACAUGCCCUGUGGAAGUACAGGGGUCGCAUGCACCAAGUCCAUCCACUUCACUAUCGGGGAACCAGGGACUGCUACUUACUACCAACUGACCUUGAUUCGGGGGAAGUCCCCUCAAGUGGACGCCAAUACCCCGUUCUCUAUCCAGGACACAGGGAGCUUCUUUGUUAUCAAGACCCCCACGGGAAUCACCCUCACCUGGGACAAGGGGACCCGGGUAUACCUCAAACUGGCCACUCAGCACAGAGGGAAGGUGGAAGGACUCUGUGGAAAUUUCGAUGGAGACCAAGGGAACGACUUCACAACCCCACAAGGUGGCCCCCCACAAGUACAGGUCACGACCUUUGCCGACAGCUGGCAGGUGAACCCUGACCUUUGUGUGCCCUCUAAGACAGUGACAGAUACCUGUAAACAGAACCCUGAGAGAGAACAGUGGGCCAAGAGUAAAUGUAGCAUCAUCAGCAGCUCCAUCUUCCAGCCCUGCCACGGCGUGAUGCCAGACUACCUGGCAUAUCAGUCUAGGUGUAUUUUCGAUGCCUGUGCCUGUGACUCCGGUGGAGAUUGUGAGUGCCUGUGUACUGCUAUCGCGGCCUUCGCCCACGAGUGUGCUGUCCAGGGUGUCCCCAUCAAGUGGAGGAACCCAGCCCUCUGUCCUAUCCAGUGUGAGGAAUGUGAAACAUACAACCCUUGCAUUUCAUCCUGCCCCAAAAAGACGUGUAAGAAUCACCUGACUUACGACCAGGUAACCAAGGACCUGGGGUGUAAGGAAGACACCUGUAUUGAGGGGUGUGACAUCAAGGCCUGUGCCCCGGGAAUGGUGUAUGACCGGGACUCCGCCCCUAUGAAGUGUAUCCCCGAGCCAUUCUGUAACACCCCAGCCUGUACGGUCAAUGGGAGACAGUACCGACUCUAUGAACAGAUUAAGGACCCUGCAGUGUGCAGGCAGGAUUGUGAAGUCUGUACCUGUGGUCCAGAUGGUAAUGUUAUGAGGAAUAGCGUUUGCCAGAGUACAACUGCACCAGUGACCCGAUUCCCACCCGUAACCUACCCAACCACCUCUACUGUUGCUCCUAAUGCAUAUAGUCAAGGCGUUCCUACAUUUUCGAAACACGCCGGACACGACGGAUUUACACCCCAUCUCAAGAAGCCUCACUGUAAGGAUGGAUGGACCAGUUGGAUGAGCGUCCACAGUCCGACUCAAUCCGAUCCAAAUGACGUAGAGGUCAGCAAGAAGCUGCGGAUACAGUACACGUACUGCGCCGACAGUCAACAGAGAUCCAUUCAGUGUCGCGUGGUCGGGACGGGGGUCGACGCCCAUCAGUCGGGUCAAACCGUGUUGUGUGACCUUGGGAAUGGUCUACUGUGUAGGUCCGUGGAUCAGAAGGGAAAUGAAAUCUGCUACGAUUAUGAAGUCCGAUUCGAAUGCGACUGUAGCCUGUCUACCCCGGCUCCAACUUCCCCCACCACUCCCAAGUCCACCACCGCUUUCUUCACCGGUAAAAUCCCACUCACGGACGACUUUGGUAAUCCCGUUCUGCGACCGCUCACUGACCAGUUCCACAAACCGGUCACUGAUGAUUUUGGAGAGACGGUUUCCCUGGUUCCAGCGUAUAUCACUCAGGCCAGACCCACCCCUUCACCACCAACUGAUGAAUUCGGAAGACCUUUCGUGAUGUACCCAAAAACCGACGAAUUCAAGAAUCCAAUCUUGGUCCCUAAGACAGAUAUUUACGGCAAUCCGGUUACAGACGCUUCUGGCCACACCACCAUGAUACCAGAGUACGUGACACAGGACAUCCCUACAGCAGCUCCACCUACUGAUAGAUUCGGAAACCCAAUUCUGUCACCCAAAACUGACGAAUUCGGAAUUCCCCUCAAGAAGCCCACUGUCACUGAUGCAUUUGGUCAGCCCACUGCUUCAAACAACACCCUGACUCCCCAACCAUUCAAAUGUGUGCAGGGCUGGUCUGAGUGGAUGAAUGUAGAUACCCCUAAAGGUGAAGGAGCCUCCAGUGAGAUUUACGGUGCUGGGGAUAUCGAGAGCCUGUCCGCCCUCAGGCAGAAAUUUGGCUUCUGCGCUCACCCUACCGCCAUCAAGUGUCAAUCAGUUCUGGACAAAGUCCCCUACACUGUGGCUGGGGACGUGGAUGUGGUGUGUGACGUCACCAAGGGACUGCUCUGUGUGAACAGGAAACAGACCAGUGGGCUAUGUGAGGAUUAUGAGGUGUCUGUCUACUGCGACUGUGGAGAAACAACCCCCAACCCACCCUCAGGCUCCACCCCCGCGCCCAGACCAGGUGAGCCCCACCCCCCUGUUCCCUCGUGUGAGUGGACACAGUGGAUGAACAGUCACAAGAGGGCACCAGGAGACAUUGACGAGCGCGAGACUCUGAGUCAGUUACGUCUCCACUACGAUUUCUGUGAAUUCCCAUCAAAGAUAGAAUGCCGCGACGCCCAGACAGGUCAGAUGUUUGAUAAGACGGGAGAUCUUGGGGUGACGUGUGACAUUAACCGGGGUCUUGUUUGUGAGGAUCUCUACCAGAAUUCUGCCGAGGGUUGUCGGGAUUAUGAGGUCCGAGUUUACUGUACGGACGCUUGUCAGACCACGAUCAAACCCACGGUCUCGUCUCUCUGCGAAGAAGGAUGGACGGACUGGAUAAAUAACGUACAUCCCUCAGCAGCCUCCCCCGUGGAUGUGGAAGUUCCCAGGAGUAUUCCAGGGUUCCCUGCCACCUGUAACGAGGUCAUCGCAGUACGCUGCUCGGUCGCUGCCACAGGAUUGGAUUACAAGAGUAAAGGAGAGAACGUCAUGUGUACGACAGCUGGUCUUAAGUGCACUCCCAAGCCAGGGGACACUUGCGAGGAUUACCAAGUGCAGUUCUAUUGUGCUUGUGCCCAGCCUCCUGUUCCACAAACUGAUAUUUUCGGAAACCCAAUACUCAUUCCAAAGACCGAUGCCUUCGGCUUCCCAGUCUUGAGACCCAAGACUGAUGCUUUUGGACAACCCGUCACCGACAAAGAUGGCCACACUUUCAUGGUUCCAGUUCCUGACAACACAACUCAACCAACUCCCAAACCAGAAACCGAUGCCUUCCAUAAUCCAAUCAUGGUUCCCAAAACGGAUGUGUAUGGACAACCCGUCACUGACAAGAAUGGAAAUCUGGUUCUGGUUCCAAAACCAGACAACCAGGCCAUUCCAAGCACAGCUUCCCCCGUAACCGGUUCCCCGGAACCAGGGAAGAUUGUGUGUAACUCAGGCUGGACCUACCCCAUGAAUGUGGACUCUCCCAGCACUGGGGAUGGGGAUCUAGAAACUUUGGCCAAACUCCGAAGCAAGUUUUCCUUCUGUCACGAGGAUGAUAUUGUGGCUGUCACUUGUAAAGAGUUAUUAAGUGGCCUGACCCCUGCCGAUCUAGGACAGAAGGUCACCUGUGAUAAGAAUGGACUCACUUGUCUGAAUGCUGAUCAACCCAGCGGCAAAUGUCAUGACUAUCUGAUACAGUUCUACUGCAACUGCAAGCCCACUCCAGAUGUAAACAUGACAGUAUCCCCAAGUCCUACACAGCCUGGUCCAACCACACCCCCACUUAAACACGGAAAAGACAAUUGUGACCAUGAGGUGGGCGUGGCAGAAUUCACCCCGGACCAGUUUUUGGCCUCUUCAUCCCUAGAUGUGGACCACGACGCAGACAAAGCGCGACUCCGUAAAUCCACUGCCUGGGUGGCAAGAUAUAACGAUGAGCAUGAGUUUAUCCAGGUCAACUUCCACAUCCCCACAGCAAUGACAGGCGUCCGUGUUCAAGGGGACCCCAAAUCCCAGUCGUGGGUCACAAAGUUCAUUGUUAAAUUUAGUAACGAUGGCCAGAAAUGGACCCCCUACUACCAGAGUUUCGCAGUGGCACCUAAGGUGUUCCAGGGAAGCAUGGAUAGUGACACUGUCGCUUCUGCAUUUUUCGAUCGGGAGGUCACGGCUCGUUACUUGCGCAUCGUUCCGCAAGAGUGGCACAACCGAAUAGCAAUGAGAUUUGAAGUCCUAGAUUGUCCAAAAUCUACUGAAACACCAGCUGUUUCCACUAUGUCCCCUUCAACGACACCAAAACGGGAGUGUUUGGAUCCAAUGGGAAUUGAGAACAGUGCCAAGAUCUCGGAUAGUCAGCUGAUUGCUUCGUCUUCCAGGGACUCCCUCUCUGGGGCCUCGUCUGGUCGUCUCUUCAAUGACCUUGGGGCCUGGGUCCCUCAGGAAGGGGGUCAGAAGAACUGGAUACAGGUGGAUUUUGGCUCCCCCCGUAAUAUCUCGGGAAUCCUCACACAGGGCAGUCCAGGGGAGGAGCGAUGGGUCACAAAUUUCGCUGUGUCUUACAGUACCGAUGGCCUGGACUUCUCCCUGGUCAAUGGACCUGAUGGCAAGGCGGCCAUGUUUACUGGAAACGUGGACCAGAACUCCGUAGUGAAAAACAUGUUUUCAUCCGAGAUCUACGCUCGGUUUAUACGGAUCGUUGUCAUAGAGGCCAGUGCUGGAGGGGCGGGGCUGAGGUUUAAUUUACUGGGCUGCUCCCCUGAGGCUACUCAGACAACCACAGGGGCACCAAAGAUCUCCACUGUCACCCCCAAACCAGUGUCAACCAUAGAACCAAUCUGUAGUCAGUCCAUGGGCAUUGAGGAGGCCUCAAGGAUCCCAGACCGACUUCUGAUGGCAUCGUCCGAGAAAAACGCCACCUACGCUGCUCCUCGAGGGCGAAUCAACACGGACCAUCUCUCCUGGAGGCCAUCGGCCACAGAUCAAACACCGUACAUACAGGUAGACUUCCUGGAGCCCAAACUGAUCACUGGAGUAGUGACAAGAGGGGACGGAAUUACCAAUAACUGGGUCAAAACCUUCACAGUGUCAACAAGUAUUGAUGGAACCAACUUCUCACCAUACAGUGAUGGAGGAAUUCCAGAGCCAAAGAUGUUCACUAGCAACAACGACAAAAUCACGGCCGUCACAAACUUCUUCAACAGACAAGUGCUUGCCCAGUAUGUGCGUAUCUAUCCCAAGUCAGUGAAUGGAGAGGUUUCCUUACAGUUCAGUGUUCUGGGAUGUAAUCCUGCUCAGAACCCAGGACCCACUACUCCAUCCCCUGUCGUUCCAGAAACAGACGAGUUCGGAAAUCCCAUCCUGAUCCCAAGGACCGACGAGUAUGGACGUCCCAUGACAGACUUUUACGGUAAUACCAUUAUGGUUCCUAAGCCUUACACUCAAGGCCAGCCGACUCCCUCACCAGCAACUGAUGAACAAGGCCGCCCCAUCAUGGUGCCCAAGACGGAUUCUUAUGGUAAACCAAUCACUGAUGAACAAGGACACACAGUAAUGAUUCCUCUGCCUUAUGACCAAGCCACUCCCAAAGCCAUUCCCAAAACAGAUGCUCAGGGAAAUCCCAUUUUGGUCCCGAAGACAGAUUCCUAUGGAGUGCCCAUGACUGAUGAAAAUGGGCAUACUAUCAUGGUUCCUUUGACUGAACCUGCAGAGAAACCCACUGUGGUGCCUGUAACCGAUACUCAAGGACGGCCCAUCCUGGUCCCCAAGACUGAUUCUUAUGGAAAGCCCAUGACAGACGAGCAUGGUAGCACAGUCAUGGUGCCUAUACCUUAUACACAUGGACCUCCAACUCCAUCACCACAAACAGAUGAGUUUGGAAAUCCAAUUCUGGUACCAAAGACUGACUCCUAUGGAAAGCCGAUGACAGAUGAGCAUGGUAACACCAUCAUGGUGCCGCUUCCUGCUUCUACUGCAAAACCCACUCCAGAACCAGUGACUGAUAAGCAGGGAAAUCCUGUGUUGGUACCCAGAACCGAUACCUAUGGAAGGCCUGUCACAGAUGCUCAGGGGCAUACCACAAUGGUCCCUAUCUAUGUCACACAGAAAACACCUGUUCCCGUGCCAAAGACUGAUGAUUUUGGUAACCCCAUCAUGAUCCCAAAAACAGACACCUAUGGAAAGCCUAUGACCGAUGACUUUGGGGAAACCAUCAUGGUGCCUGACUACUACACUCAGGGUUUACCUACACCUAGGCCCCAGACCGAUGAAUUUGGACAGCCAAUCCUUGUGCCAAAGACUGACACCUAUGGAAAACCGAUGACAGAUGAUUUCGGCAACACCAUCAUGGUCCCUCUGCCCGAGGCAACAGAGAAACCGACUCCGUCACCCAGAACCGACAAGUUCGGAAAUCCAAUACUAGUUCCCAAAACCGAUGAGUAUGGAAGACCAUACACAGACAAACAGGGGCAUACAGUGAUGAUCCCUCUGACUUAUCCUCAGAGUACGCCCAUACCAAAUCCAGUGACUGAUCGAUUCGGAGUACCAGUAUUAGUACCAAGAACUGAUGAAUAUGGAAAACCAUACACUGAUAGGUUUGGACACACAGAAAUGGUACCUAUACCUUAUUCACAAGGUCAGCCUACUCCCAAGCCUAAAACUGAUGCUUUCGGUAAUCCCAUCUUAGUACCAAGGACAGAUGAAUAUGGAAAACCAUACACAGAUGAGCAUGGAAAUACUGAAAUGGUUCCAGUGCCAGAAAACCAGAAUACACCAACUCCAGUGCCUUUGACUGAUGAGCAGGGAAAUCCCAUUCUUGUUCCAAAGACUGACUCCUAUGGAAAACCCAUGACAGAUGAACAUGGUAACACCAUCAUGGUACCCAAACCUGCCCCAACUGGAACCCCCACUCCAGCACCACAAACAGAUGAACAUGGAAACCCAAUCCUGGUGCCCAAGACUGAUUCCUAUGGCAAACCUAUGACAGAUGAACAUGGUAAUACCAUCAUGGUGCCAUUGCCUGCGACACAAGGGUUGCCCACAGCUGAACCCUUGACUGAUAAAUUUGGAAAUCCAGUCUUGAUGCCAAAGACAGAUUCCUAUGGUAAACCAAUGACUGAUGAACAUGGUAAUACCAUUAUGGUACCGGUUCCAGCCAAUCAAGGAAGCCCUACACCAGCUCCCCAGACUGAUGCACAGGGACGUCCUAUCUUGGUUCCAAAGACAGACUCCUAUGGUAAACCUAUGACUGAUGAGAAUGGAAAUACUAUCAUGGUGCCAUUGCCUGCCACUCAAGGACAGCCCACUCCUGUAUCAGAAACGGACAAAUUUGGUAAUCCUAUUCUGGUGCCAAAGACCGAUUCUUAUGGCCAGCCCAUGACAGAUGAACAUGGUAAUACCAUCAUGGUUCCUAAACCAGCAACACAUGCUACACCAACACCAGUGCCAGCUACUGAUGAACAUGGAAAUCCUAUCUUGGUCCCAAGGACUGAUUCCUACGGCAAACCAAUGACAGAUGCAGAAGGAAGCACCAUUUUGAUGCCACUGCCAGCAAAUGGUAGCACCCCAUUGGUUAUUCCAGAGACAGACGAAUUUGGAAACCCUAUUCUGGUUCCACGAACUGAUGAGUAUGGCAAACCAUAUACAGACAGCCAAGGCAAAACUGUUCUGGUUCCAAAGCCAGCCACACCACAGAAACCUACACCUGAACCAGAGACUGACAAAUUUGGAAACCCUGUUUUAAUUCCCAGGACUGAUGAAUAUGGAAAGCCUUAUACAGAUGAGUAUGGCAGAACACAGUGGGUUCCCAAACCAGCUACACAUGGUCUACCCACCCCAGCACCAGAAACCGACAAAUUUGGAAACCCAAUCUUAGUCCCAAGAACAGAUGAGUAUGGAAGACCAUACACAGAUGAGAAUGGUAAUACAGAAAUGGUUCCCAAACCAGCUUAUCAGGGGACACCGACCCCAGCACCAGAAACCGACCAGUUUGGACAACCCAUUUUGGUCCCCAAAACUGACGAAUAUGGCAGGCCAUACACAGAUGAGCAUGGAAACACAGUCAUGGUUCCCAAGCCAGGCACUUUUGGUGCUCCCACAGUGGUACCAAUAACAGAUGAGUUUGGACAACCCAUCCUGGUUCCUAAGACAGAUGAAUAUGGUAGACCAUACACAGACAAGUUUGGCUCUACGACAAUGAUACCCCUGGUACCUGUAUCCCAAGGCGUGCCGACAAGGGUACCAAGAGUGUGCCUUUCCUACAUGGGAGUGGAUGAUAGAUAUGUAAUUAAGAACAGCCAGAUGACCUCCUCCUCCUUCAGUGGAACCAACACGCCAGACCAAGGUCGUCUCUAUGGCGACUUCUCUUGGCAACCAAGAUCAAAUGACACUUCACCAUGGAUCCAGGUUGACCUUGGAAAAUUGUCCUUGAUAUCUGGGGUCGAAACCCAGGGAGACACGAUCAACAGAAAGUUUGUCAAGACCUACACAGUGUACACCAGCAUUGAUGGAAAGUCCUUUACCCCCUACUCUGACAUCCCCGGGGCAGGAAUUCCCAAAGUGUUCUCUGGAAACAAGGAUGGCGAUACCCCCAUGAGGAGCUUAUUCAACAGAAAUAUCACUGCUCAGUACAUCAGAAUUUACCCACAAUCCACCUCUGCAGCUGGAGCAGCGAUGAGGCUGAAUAUCCUGGGAUGUAACCCAACGGCACCUAUAAAACCCACUCCCACCGGAACAGCUACACCUACUUGUGAUGUCAAGAUGGGAUUGUCCAAUGGCCUCAUAGUCUCUAAUGCCCAGUUCAAAGCUUCCAGCGUGCUGGACGGUUUCCAUGGACCAGAGCGGGCCAGGUUAUUUGGACACAGGGAUGGAAGCUUUACAGGAGGCUGGACUCCAAGUGUGAACAAUAAUCGCCAAUGGAUUCAAGUUGACCUACUUUCCACAGAAGAGGUUUAUGGUGUGAUAACCCAGGGUCGUUCUGAUCUCCCCUACUGGGUAACGGAGUACCAGGUGUACUACAGCACAGACGGAAGGUCAUUCCAACCGGUAACCUCGAGCCCAGCGGUCAAAACACCCCAGACCUUCAAUGGAAAUAUGGACAACCACAAUCCAGUAACCAAUGUCUUCAACCAGAAAAUUGUGGCACGAUUCAUCAGAAUUGUUCCCCUGAAGUGGAGGGAGGCGAUUGGUCUGAGAUUUGAGUUGGUGGGCUGUAAGCAGCUCACCCCCUCACCCCUGGUCACCGCCCCUCCGUCCUCUCCCACAACCGCUGGUCCCGGCCCCCUCACCUGUAUGUACUGGACCCCCUGGGUCAACACCAACACCCCCGACGCCACCGGUGAUUACGAGACCAUCACGCACCUGAACUCGCUGGUACGAUCCUGUAACCAGACGGACAUGAAGGCCAUCGAGUGCCGUGCGGUGGGAACCAAGAAGUCGUGGGAUGAGGCGGGUGACGUGGAUGUUAAGUGUGAUCUCGUUACCCAGGGUCUUCUGUGUUUUAACAAAGUGCAGAGGAACACGCAGUGUCAGGAUUACGAGAUCAGGGUCUUCUGUGAUGAAUGUCCAACCACUUCAGGUGUGUCACAGCCAGUGACCACUCCCCGUGCCGGCGUGUCCACUCAAUCAACCGUGACCCCUAAACCAACAACCAAAGAACCAUGUCAGAACAAGACUUUCUGGUCGUCCUGGAUCAACAAGCAGAGCCCGGGCAAUGGAGGGGAGAUUGAAAAAAUGACCGCCACUGAAAAGAAGAAUUUCUGUCCAAAUGGCGUCAUUAAUGGAGUUGACUGUGAGACGGUGGACGGUCAGCCGUGGUUCGACACCAAUCAGAUUCUUACUUGUGACGUCAGAGAUGGACUGAACUGUGAUAAUAGCAUUAACUUCGGUGACAUGUGUAAGGAUUACAGGAUCCGUUACCAGUGCCAAGUGAUUUGUAAUGAAACCACUACAACUACUAGCACCACUUCCAGCACCACCUCUACAACCACCAGUACCCCCACCACCAGCCCCACCCAGUCUACCAGCACCGUACCCACCACCACCGAGUGUGUGGAGAAAGACAAGGUGUCCCCCUGGAUCAACAGAGACAAGCCUUAUAUUGGAGAUGGAGACAAAGAGGCCAUGACUGGAGCAGAGCUGGCUAGGUUCUGUUCGGCGGAGACUGGCGGCUACAUUAAGAAGGUGGAGUGUGUGGCCGUGGAUGGUAUGAUUCCUAGCUACAGUACUGGAGACAAGAUGAUAUGUGACAAGGACCUCGGCUCUGUCUGUCUGAACAGUGAUAACUUCCCCGUACAGUGUCAGGACUACAUGAUCAGAUACACCUGUCAUCAACCAUGCUUACCAACUAAACCGGCAUACCAUGGUAUGUAUGUACCAGUUACGGACCAGUUAGGAAAUCCAAUCCUGGUUCCCAGGACUGAUGCGUACCACCAUCCAUAUACAGAUGAGCAUGGAAAUACUCAGAUGAUCCCCAUAGGAUACAUUCACGUAACCCCAACACCGGCACCCAUCACUGAUGAACAAGGAAACCCCAUCCUUGUCCCGAAAACUGACUCCUAUGGUAAACCCAUGACUGAUGAACAUGGUAAUACCAUCAUGGUGCCACUUCCAGCCACUCAAGGACAGCCAACACCAGCCCCACAAACAGACGAGCAUGGAAAUCCAAUUUUGGUACCUAAGACCGACUCCUAUGGCAAACCAAUGACAGAUGAGCAUGGUAAUACCAUUAUGGUGCCAUUACCUGCCACCCAAGGUUUGCCUACACCCAGUCCUCAAACAGACAAGUAUGGAAAUCCAAUCUUAGUGCCAAAGACUGAUGAGUAUGGUAAGCCAUACACUGAUGCCCAAGGACACACAGUGAUGGUACCUUUACCACAAACCCAGGAAAAACCAACACCAGUGCCAGUGACUGACAAAUUUGGGAAACCUGUGCUGGUGCCAAGGACUGAUGAAUAUGGUAGACCUUAUACAAAUGUAUAUGGUGAAACUGAAAUGGUACCAAUACCAUUUAAUCAAAACACUCCCACUCCAGCUCCUCAAACGGAUGAACAUGGAAAUCCAAUAUUGGUGCCCAAGACUGACAGUUAUGGAAAACCAAUGACAGAUGAGCAAGGCCACACCAUUAUGGUUCCACUGCCUGAGUAUCAGGGAACCCCAACUCCAGCCCCUCAGACUGAUGAACAUGGAAACCCAAUCUUGGUUCCAAAGACAGACUCCUAUGGAAAACCAAUGACAGAUGAAAAUGGAAAAACCAUUAUGGUACCACUACCAGCCACUCAUGGUCUGCCAACUCCAGCACCAGAAACUGACAAGUUUGGUAAUCCAGUACUGGUUCCAAGAACUGAUGAAUAUGGUAGACCCUACACAGAUAAGCUUGGUAACACAGAAAUGGUACCUGUUCCAGCCACACAUGGUCAGCCUACUCCAUCUCCCCAAACUGAUGCUCAAGGAAACCCAAUACUGGUGCCUAGAACUGAUGAAUAUGGUAAACCAUAUACUGAUGAGCAUGGAAACACCCAAAUGGUGCCACUUCCUUAUGUGCAAGGCACACCGACACCUGCACCAGAGACAGACAAAUUUGGAAAACCUAUAUUGGUACCAAAAACCGAUGAAUAUGGAAAACCAUAUACUGAUGAGCAUGGUAACACAGUGAUGGUGCCAGUACCAUAUACACAGAGCUCCCCAACACCAGCACCUGCCACAGAUGAACAUGGUAAUCCAAUCUUGGUUCCCAAGACAGAUUCAUAUGGUAAACCAAUGACAGAUGAGCAGGGUCACACCAUUAUGGUGCCAUUGCCCUCUGAGCAGUAUGUCCCCACUGUAGCACCACAAACUGAUGAAUUUGGUAAUCCAAUCAUGGUGCCUAAGACUGAUUCGUAUGGCAAACCAAUGACAGAUGCUCAGGGACAUACCAUAAUGGUACCUCUACCAGGAAAACAACAGAGCCCAACACCAGCCCCUCAGACAGAUGCACAUGGUAACCCAAUACUUGUGCCUAAGACAGAUGAAUAUGGUAAACCAUACACAGAUGAACAUGGUAACACAGUAAUGGUACCAGUACCAGCCACACAUGGUCAGCCUACUCCAUCACCACAAACAGACAAAUUUGGAAAACCCAUAUUGGUGCCUAAGACAGAUGAAUAUGGAAAACCAUACACUGAUGAACAUGGAAAUACAGUGAUGGUGCCUUUGCCUUAUUCACAGAGUUCUCCAACGCCAGCACCUGCCACAGAUGAACAUGGUAAUCCAAUCUUGGUUCCCAAGACAGAUUCAUAUGGUAAACCAAUGACAGAUGAGCAGGGUCACACCAUCAUGGUACCAUUGCCUUCUGAUCAGUAUGUCCCCACUGUAGCACCACAAACUGAUGAAUUUGGUAAUCCAAUUAUGGUGCCUAAGACUGAUUCCUAUGGCAAGCCAAUGACAGAUGCCCAGGGACAUACCAUAAUGGUACCACUGCCAGGAACACAGCAGACUCCUGCCCCUGUGCCACAGACAGACAAACAGGGAAAACCAAUUCUGGUGCCCAAGACCGAUGAAUAUGGUAGACCUUACACAGAUGAACACGGCAGUACUGUGAUGGUCCCUGUACCAUACACACAAGGCAAACCAACACCAUCACCACAGACAGAUGAGUUUGGAAGACCAAUUUUGAUACCUAAGACUGAUGAAUAUGGCAAGAUCUUUACCGAUGCGUUUGGACAGACAGUGAUGGUACCACUGCCUGAAGGACAAAGUAGGCCCACCCCUGCCCCAGUAACUGAUAAACAAGGCCGACCCAUCUUGGUACCAAAGACUGACUCCUAUGGGAAACCAAUGACAGAUGAACAUGGCAAUACAAUUAUGGUUCCCCAGCCAUAUACACAAGGUCUGCCAACACCUUCCCCACAAACAGAUGAGCAUGGAAAUCCCAUCAUGGUGCCAAAGACUGAUUCCUAUGGAAAACCAAUGACAGAUGCCAAAGGUAAUACCAUCAUGGUGCCUCUCCCAGCCACUCAAGGUCUCCCAACUCCAGCACCACAAACCGACGAGCAUGGAAAUCCAAUCUUUGUUCCAAAGACCGACUCCUAUGGUAAACCAAUGACAGAUGAGCAUGGUAAUACCAUUAUGGUGCCAUUACCUGCCACCCAAGGUUUGCCUACACCUAGUCCUCAAACAGAUAGAUUUGGAAAUCCCAUCAUUGUGCCCAAGACAGACUCUUAUGGGAAACCCAUGACUGAUAAAUCUGGAAACACCAUUUUAGUUCCAUUACCUGUACAUCAGAGCACCCCCAUACCAAUUCCAGAAACAGAUAGAUUUGGUAACCCAGUGCUUGUGCCAAAGACAGAUUCCUAUGGAAAACCAAUGACUGAUGCUCAAGGACACACAAUAUUGGUUCCUAAGCCAGCCACUCAAGGAAACCCCACACCUUCACCACAAACAGAUGAAUUUGGCAAUCCUAUCUUAGUUCCAAAAACUGAUUCCUAUGGUAAACCUAUGACUGAUGAACAUGGUCAAACUAUCAUGGUGCCACUGCCUGGCCAGCAUAGUACUCCUAUAGUUAUUCCACAGACAGAUAAGUUUGGAAAUCCAAUUUUGGUUCCAAGAACAGAUGAGUAUGGAAGACCAUUCACAGAUGAAUUUGGAAACACUCAAAUGGUUCCUCUUCCUGAAAAACAAGGCAAUCCAACUCCAAAGCCUCAGACUGAUGCAUUUGGAAACCCCAUUCUGGUGCCAAGAACUGAUGAAUAUGGCAAACCAUACACAGAUGCAUUGGGACAUACCCAGAUGGUGCCAUUAUAUGAAACCCAGAGUGUACCCACACCCAAACCACAGACAGAUGCAUUUGGUAACCCUAUACUGGUACCACGUACAGAUGAAUAUGGAAAACCAUACACAGACAAAUUUGGAAAGACCCAGAUGGUGCCACUUCCUGAAACACAAGGAAUCCCUACUCCAAAACCACAGACAGAUGCCUUUGGAAACCCAAUCCUUGUACCUAGAACUGAUGAAUAUGGAAGACCGUACACUGAUGAAUUUGGAAACACACAGAUGGUGCCACUGCCAGAAAAACAAGGACAGCCUACUCCUGCUCCCAAGACAGAUAAAUAUGGCAAUCCAGUUCUUAUGCCAAGGACAGAUGAAUACGGCAAACCUUAUACAGACAAGUUUGGACAUACACAAUGGGUUCCUGUGCCAGCCGGACAAGACAAACCAACUCCUAUACCAGAAACAGAUGCAUUUGGAAACCCAAUACUUGUUCCCAAGACUGAUGAAUAUGGCAAGCCAUACACAGAUGCUCAAGGAAAUACAGUGAUGGUGCCAAAACCAUAUCACCAGGGUUCACCAACACCUGCUCCACAGACUGAUGCCUUUGGAAAUCCCAUCCUUGUGCCUAAGACAGAUUCUUAUGGAAAACCAAUGACAGAUGCCAAUGGUAAUACCAUCAUGGUGCCACUGCCAGCAACACAGGGACUGCCAACACCCAAACCACAAACUGAUGAACAUGGAAAUCCAAUAUUAGUUCCAAAGACUGAUUCAUAUGGUAAACCUAUGACUGAUGCAAAUGGUCAUACAAUCAUGGUUCCUCUGCCUGAGACAGAAGGAGUGCCUACUCCUGUGCCACAGACAGACAAGUUUGGAAACCCUGUCCUUGUACCAAAGACAGAUGAAUAUGGCAAGCCAUUCACUGAUGAACAUGGAAAUACUGUAAUGGUGCCUGCUCCUUAUCACCAUGAAAAGCCAACACCAGUACCAGAAACAGAUGAGUUUGGAAAUCCCAUCCUUGUGCCAAGAACAGAUGAAUAUGGCAGACCAUACACAGACAAGAAUGGUCAGACAGAGAUGAUACCUAAGCCCCACUACCAGGGACAACCAACUCCUGAACCACUUACUGAUGCUCAGGGAAAACCAAUCCUUGUUCCAAAGACUGACUCCUAUGGCAAACCAAUGACUGAUAUACAUGGAAGCACUAUAUUGGUAACUGUCCCAGCCCCUGUGAGACAGCAUACACCAGUACCAGUGCCAGAGACAGACCGAUUUGGAAAUCCUGUCCUUGUUCCAAAGACUGACUCCUAUGGCAAACCAAUGACAGAUGAGCAAGGCCACACCAUACUUGUCCCAAAACCAUACAGUCAGACGCAACCAACCCCUGCACCUGAAACAGAUGAAUUUGGACAACCGAUCUUGGUUCCAAAGACAGACUCCUAUGGUCAUCCCAUGACAGAUGAGAAUGGUCAUACUAUCAUGGUGCCCAAACCAGCAACACAGGGUCUUCCCACCCCUGCACCUAAAACAGACAAAUUUGGUAAUCCAGUUUUAGUGCCCAAGACAGAUGAAUAUGGCCAUCCUUUUACAGACGAGCAUGGUAACACAGUCAUGGUUCCAGUUCCUGAUGUACAUGGAUCUCCCACCCCGGCACCAAUGACAGAUAAAUUUGGAAAUCCAGUGAUGGUUCCAAAGACUGAUUCUUAUGGUAAACCUAUGACAGAUGAACAAGGUCAUACCAUCAUGGUCCCAGUGCCAGAGACUCAUCAAUCUCCAACUCCAAAACGAGCCACAGAUUUAACUGCUGGACCUGUUGUCUUAGUGCCAAAGACUGACUCCUACAAUAAACCCAUGACUGAUGCCCAGGGAAGUACCAUUUUGGUGCCAGUGCCUCAGACAGCAGGAGUUCCAACCCUGGCUCCACAAACUGAUGAACAUGGUAAUCCAAUCAUGGUACCAAAGACUGAUUCCUAUGGCAAGCCAAUGACAGAUGCCCAGGGACAUACCAUAAUGGUACCUCUGCCAAUGCAACAAGAGAAACCAACACCAUCCCCACAAACUGAUAAGUUUGGCAAUCCCAUUCUUGUUCCAAAAACAGAUGAAUAUGGACAUCCAUACACAGAUGAACAUGGCAACACAGUCAUGGUACCACUGCCAGCUACCCAAAACAGGCCUACUCCUUCACCAAUGACUGAUCAGUUUGGUAAUCCAAUAUUAGUACCCAGAACCGACGAGUAUGGAAGACCAUAUACAGAUAAAUUUGGAAGAACUGAAAUGGUGCCUCUGCCAGGCUAUCAGGGAACUCCAACUCCUGCUCCACAAACAGAUCAAUUUGGAAAACCCAUCAUGGUUCCCAGGACUGAUGAAUAUGGAAGACCUUACACAGAUGAACAUGGACAUACCCAGAUGGUGCCACUACCAGCAACUCAGUCUACCCCUACACUGAAACCAGAGACAGACAUUUUUGGUCACCCAGUUUUGAAGAAAUGCUCACAGAGUCACUGGUCACCCUAUCUUAACCGAGACAAACCUGACCUGGGCACGGGUGACUUUGAAAAAAUGACCCCAGAAGAGCUCAGCAGUUUCUGCAAGGGUGGAAAUGUCACCAAGAUUGAGUGUAUGACGUCGGAUGGAAUUCCCAGCUAUAGCUCUGGUGAAGUUAUGACCUGUAAUCUUCAGAAGGGCUUCUCCUGUGUUAAUGCCGACAACUUCCCAGUAACAUGCUCAGAUUACAAAAUCAGAUACUACUGUCAAUGUGAGGAGGGUUCUGUUCCACCUGAUUCCACCCCCACCAUCACCCCGUCCUUCAAACAAUGCGGCUGGUCAUCCUGGCUGAACUCCAACAGUCCCUCGGCCUCUCUGAACUCGGGAGACUUUGAAUCCAUUUACGACCUCAAGUCCAAAUACGGACUCUGCAAGGAGAUCAGGCAGAUAGAGUGUCGCGUGGCUGGCAGUAAGACCCCGGUAGCCAUUGCAGGGCAGGAAAGUGUGACUUGUGAUGCCAGGAAUGGGCUCCGUUGUUACAACCGAGACCAACUCUCUGGCCGAUGUUACGACUACGAAGUCCGAGUCUUAUGCUGGGCUGACAAUUGUAAUCCUGACCUUCUGACUACCGCAACAGCUGCAGUUGUACAUCAAACUACUCCCCUGUGUGCCCCCGGCGAGGUUUACGAGACCUGUCCCUACCGCUGCAGUGACCUGUGUGAUGUCCUGUCCCGGCAGUCCGUGGCCUGCGGGGGUCAAGCGACUGACUCCUGUGUGCCCUACUGUAGACCCGCUGGUCUGACCUGUGGACCCGGCCAGAAACUGAAGGACAAGAACACCUGUGUCCCAGAGACCCAGUGUCCUUGUAGAAUGCAGAAUGGAACCAUCGCCAGUCCUAUGGAGACUUGGACUAAUCCUUAUGAUGAAUGCUCCACCUGUCAUUGCUUUAACAACACAGUCACUUGUUCACAUGAUGAAACCAACCCAGUGAAACAUCCUGACUGUGAAUGGACCUACUGGAUCAAUAUGGACACACCUUUGAGUGGGGAUGGGGAUCUAGAAACCAUUUCAAAGAUUCGCACCCUUCACCAGUUCUGCGCCUCUCCUGUUCAGAUUGAGUGUCGAGAUGCCGAGACAAAAGUUGCCAGCAUGCAGGCAGGCCAAAGAACUACAUGUGAUAUCAACUCAGGAUUCAAGUGUCUGAACUGGGAGAAUAAUGGUCAAUGUCGCGAUUACGAAGUCAGGUUCUACUGCCCUUGUGCAAGUACUCAAAGCCCCAGAAUGACUACCACUCCACCUUCAGCAAGGGCCAACAUUUGUGGCUGGUCUGACUGGAUAAACAUGGAUAAUCCAUCUGUCAUGAAACCCGAAAAGCCAUUUUCAGGGGACAUCGAAUCCAUGGCAGCCAUCCGAGAGAAGACGUGCGGGUAUGACAUCAUGACCAAGAUUGAAUGUCGCACUGCUGAGGGACACAUUCCCUCUGACAGAACCAACGAGACCCUGUCCUGUGAUAGAAUCCGUGGUCUGAGGUGUAAGAAUUCUCUACAGUCAGAUAAGAAGUGUAUGGACUACGAGACAAGGGUGUACUGUGAUUGUAGCAAUGUCACCACCCCUGGCCCCACCCGUCCAGGUGGCCACUUUGAAGGCAGCACCACCAAGACCGUGGAUGUUUGUGGUUGGACGGUCUGGAUGAAUGGCCAUGCUCCAGAUAACAAUGGGGAGGUAGAAUUAUUGUCAGAGCUGGAGAAGGAAUGGCAAUUCUGCCACACGGAUGAGAUCACGGCCAUCGAGUGUCGUGACAGCAUCACUGGCUUGUCCGUCAUGGAGGCGGGGCAGAGUGGAGUGAUUUGUGACGUGAAUCAUGGUGGACUGAAAUGUGACGCCACCAAGCAGACGGCUCACGGUGGACAGUGCUAUGAUUAUGAAAUAAGGGUGUUGUGCGAACCUAAAGGUGUGAACUGUGGUCCGUCGACAGAACCUGCUGCUACACCAAAGUUUGAGCCACUUACAGACUCUUACCAUAAACCAGUAACGGACAAGGAUGGUCACACAAUUAUGGUCCCUGUCACCGGGACUCAGGGCACCCCAACAGCUGUCCCUAUCACUGACAAGUUUGGAAACCCACUCCUGGUACCAAAGACAGAUGUAUACGGUAAACCUGUAACCGACAAGAAUGGAAACACUGUAAUGGUCACUGUUCUGGAACCGAUCAAAGGAACACAGGGAGUACCCACUGCUGUUCCUAAAACAGACAAGUUUGGCAAUCCAGUAUUGGUACCUAAGACUGAUACCUAUGGCAAACCAAUGACAGAUGUCAAUGGUCAUACUGAGAUGGUCACAGUGCUUGUUCCCAAUCCAAAUGGUCAGAGCACUCCUAUGUUGGUGCCAAAGACUGAUGAAUUUGGAAAUCCAUUGUUGGUACCCAAAACUGAUACUUACGGCAAACCUGUGACUGAUAUCAAUGGACAUACAGAAAUGGUCACUGUUCUUGUUCCAAACCCAGAUGGUCAAAGUACUCCAAUGCUUGUGCCAAAGACUGAUAGAUUUGGAAACCCUAUCCUAGUACCCAAAACUGAUACUUAUGGCAAACCAGUGACUGAUAUCAAUGGACAUACAGAAAUGGUCACUGUUCUUGUUCCAAACCCAGAUGGUCAAAGUACUCCCAUGCUUGUGCCAAAGACUGAUAGAUUUGGAAACCCUAUUCUUGUACCCAAAACUGAUACUUAUGGCAAACCAGUGACUGAUAUCAAUGGACAUACAGAAAUGGUCACGGUGCUUGUUCCAAACCCAGAUGGUCAAAGUACUCCAAUGCUUGUGCCAAAGACUGAUAGAUUUGGUAACCCUAUUCUUGUACCCAAAACUGAUACUUACGGCAAACCUGUGACUGAUAUUAAUGGACAUACAGAAAUGGUCACUGUUCUUGUUCCAAACCCAGAUGGUCAAAGUACUCCCAUGCUUGUGCCAAAGACUGAUAGAUUUGGAAACCCUAUACUUGUACCCAAAACUGAUACUUAUGGCAAACCAGUGACUGACAUCAAUGGACAUACAGAAAUGGUCACUGUUCUUGUUCCAAAUCCAGAGGGCCAGAGUACUCCAAUGCUUGUGCCAAAGACCGAUGAAUUUGGAAACCCAUUGUUGGUACCCAAAACUGACACCUAUGGUCAACCAUUGACAGAUAAAUUUGGACACACAGAGAUGGUUACAGUGCUAGUACCAGCACCCGGUAAUCAGUCCAAACCAACAGCAGUGCCCAAGACAGACAAGUUUGGAAACCCAGUGCUUGAACCCAAGACUGAUGCUUUUGGUAAACCGGUAACAGAUGCCAGUGGAAACACAGUGAUGGUAACAGUGCUGGAGCCAGUUACUGAACCACAAGGCACUCCCACUGCUAGGCCCAAGACUGAUGAAUUUGGAAAUCCAUUGCUGGUACCAAAAACUGAUGCCUUUGGAAAACCAGUGACAGAUGCCAGUGGACACACAGUGAUGGUGACUGUGUUGGAGCCAAUUCCACAAGGCACAAACACUCCAAUGCUGGUUCCUAAGACAGAUGAACAGGGAAAUCCAAUUUUGGAACCCAAAACAGAUGCUUUUGGCAGACCAGUGACAGAUGUUAAUGGUCACACACAGAUGGUAACAGUGAUGGUUCCCGCACCAGGAAACCAGGCCAAACCAACCGCAGUACCAAAAACAGACAAGUUUGGAAACCCAGUGCUUGAGCCAAAGACUGAUGCUUUUGGUAAACCAGUAACCGAUGCCAGCGGUAAUACAGUUAUGGUGACAGUGUUGGAACCAGUCACUGAACCACAGGGUGUACCAACAGCAGAACCGAAAACUGACAAAUUCGGUAACCCAGUACUUGUACCAAAAACAGAUGCCUUUGGAAAACCAGUUACAGAUGUCAAUGGCAACACAGUGAUGGUGACAGUUUUAGAACCUAUUCCACAUGGCCAGAGUACACCAAUGCUUGUGCCAAAGACUGAUGAACAUGGAAACCCAAUCCUUGUACCAAAGACAGACAUCUAUGGUCAACCAGUUACUGACCAAAACAAGAACACCAUCAUGGUUACAGUGCUGGAGCCUGUCACUGAACCACAAGGCACUCCCACUGCUAGACCCAAGACUGAUGAAUUUGGAAACCCAUUGCUGGUACCAAAAACCGAUGCCUUUGGAAAACCAGUGACAGAUGCCAGUGGACACACAGUGAUGGUGACAGUGUUGGAGCCAAUUCCACAAGGCACAAACACUCCAAUGCUAGUUCCCAAGACAGAUGCACAGGGUAAUCCAAUUUUGGAACCCAAAACAGAUGCUUUUGGCAAACCAGUGACAGAUGUCAAUGGACAUACACAGAUGGUAACAGUGAUGGUUCCCGCACCAGGAAACCAGGCCAAACCAACCGCAGUACCAAAAACAGACAAGUUUGGAAACCCACUUUUGUUCCCUAAAACAGAUAAAUAUGGACAGCCAGUGACAGAUAGCCAAGGUAGCACCAUACUAGUCACAGAAAUGGAGACCUUACCCACCUCAACCGGACCCACCCCAACCACCACACCAGGACCAGUGGUUACCACUUGUGCCACGUACUGGUCCAACUGGUCCAAUGUCAACCACCCCGGUGGCACAUUCCCAGGGGACAAGGAGCUCACCCCCAAAGAAUACACCGACAGGACAGGAUUCUGUCGAGGCGGGUCUGUCACAAAGGUUGAGUGUUACAGCGUGGGAAUGAAUGCUCCAUCGUACUCUAGUGGGGAGAUCUUGACCUGUGAUACCACUGUUGGUCUGCAGUGUAAUGAUGCAGAUAACUUCCCCAUGCCUUGCACGGACUACAAGAUCAGAUACUACUGUGACAUCUGCACUGCUGUGACGCCCGGCUCUAAUGUGACCCCAGUGCCUUCCACCUCCAUCAGUGUGGGAACAGGCACUCCCAAACCCACAGCACCACUGGUUUGUGCUGAUGGAAACUCCGCCCAACUCCCUAUACAUAUGGAUGACAGUCAGCUGUCGGCCUCCUCAAGUCUCCGCCCAGACUCCGGGCCCCAGAGAUCACACAUCGACAGCUCAAGCACCGCCCCCCAAACAGGAGGGUGGGUCCCAGCGACCAAUGACAAGAACCAGUGGCUGAUGAUCAGUUUCACAAACCCCGAGAUUGUCUACGCUGUGUCGACUCGCGGCCUGGACGGGCAGCAGAAUUGGAUGACAGCAUACUAUCUGAUGUAUUCCAUGGAUGGAACAAACUUUACUUUCUACCAAGAGGAAGGACAAAGAAAGGUCUUCUCGGGUAACUUUGACUCGGCAACCAUCUCCACACACACAGUGAAUCCGUUUGUGGCUAAAUACGUCAGAAUUGUUCCAGAGCGCUGGCAGGGUGGAAUUGGCCUUCGCUGGCAGCUGAUUGGUUGCAAAGCAUCACCAAUGACAGUGGUAACUGGACAGGGAUCAACCUCAACCCCCUCUGCCACCCCAACCCAUGCCCCAGCCCCACAGUGUGUAGAGAAAUGGUCAGCCUGGAUCAAUAAUAACAGCCCACUAAAACAGGGCUCUCUAGGAGACUACGAGAAAAUGAGUGCUGCAGACAAGGCCCAGUUCUGUCCUGGUGGUAACAUCACUAAGGUUGAGUGCCACGCUGUGGAUGGAGACAUUCCAAGCUACAGUUCUGGGGAGAUCUUGACCUGUUACCCAGACCAGGGUCUGAUCUGUAACAAUGCUGACAACUAUCCACUGGCAUGCUCCGAUUACAAGGCUCGGUUCUUCUGUGGAUGCCCAGCUACACCUGCCCCCACUACAUCUGGAACUGAUGCCAAUGCAAAAUCAACCAGUGCCCUACCAACAAAACCAGGAGGCCAUGACAGCCACACUACCACAACGCCACCCCCACCACCAUGUGUGGGAGGCUGGUCAUCUUGGAUCAACCACAACAACCCAGCUAGUGGUAAUGGAGACUAUGAAAAGUUGACAGACGCUGAGAAACUCCAGCUCUGCUCCGGUGGUAACAUCACAAAGGUGGAAUGCUUCACUGGGGACAUCCCAAGCUACAGUUCUGGAGAAGUGCUGGAGUGUUCACCAGAUAGAGGUCUGAUCUGUAACAAUGCUGACAACUUCCCUGUGCCUUGUUCUGACUACAAAGCCAGAUUCUUCUGUCAGUGUGCAGCACCUGUCACUGACACAAACAGUAAGACAACCAACAUUGCCCCAACCAAAACAGAUGGAGGACACAAUGUCCAGACAACCACCUCUCCAUCCCCACCCCGCAUUCCUUGUGUGGGUGGCUGGUCAUCUUGGAUCAACCACAACAACCCAGCUAGUGGUAAUGGAGACUACGAAAAGUUAACAGACGCCGAGAAACUCCAGCUCUGCUCUGGUGGUAACAUCACAAAGGUGGAAUGUUUCACUGGGGACAUCCCAAGCUACAGUUCUGGAGAAGUGCUUGAGUGUUCUCCAGAUAGAGGGUUGAUCUGUAACAAUGCUGACAACUUCCCUGUGCCUUGCUCUGACUACAAAGCCAGAUUCUUCUGUCAAUGUGCAGCACCUGUCACUGACACAAACAGCAAGACAACCAACAUUGCCCCCACCAAACCAGAUGGAGGACACAAUGUUCAGACCACAACCUCUCCAUCCCCACCCCACAUUCCUUGUGUGGGUGGCUGGUCAUCUUGGAUCAACCACAACAACCCAGCUAGUGGUAAUGGAGACUAUGAAAAGUUGACAGACGCCGAGAAACUCCAGCUCUGCUCCGGUGGUAACAUCACAAAGGUGGAAUGUUUCACUGGGGACAUCCCAAGCUACAGUUCUGGAGAAGUGCUGGAGUGUUCUCCAGAUAGAGGUCUGAUCUGUAACAAUGCUGACAACUUCCCUGUGCCUUGUUCUGACUACAAAGCCAGAUUCUUCUGUCAAUGUGCAGCACCUGUCACUGGUGCCAAUAGCAAGACAACCAACAUUGCCCCCACCAAACCAGAUGGAGGACACAAUGUUCAGACGACCACCUCUCCAACCCCACCCCGCAUUCCCUGUGUGGGCGGCUGGUCAUCUUGGAUCAACCACAACAACCCAGCUAGUGGUAAUGGAGACUAUGAAAAGUUGACAGACGCUGAGAAACUCCAGCUCUGCUCUGGUGGUAACAUCACAAAGGUGGAAUGUUUCACUGGGGACAUCCCAAGCUACAGUUCUGGAGAAGUGCUGGAGUGUUCUCCAGAUAGAGGUCUGAUCUGUAACAAUGCUGACAACUUCCCUGUGCCUUGUUCUGACUACAAAGCCAGAUUCUUCUGUCAAUGUGCAGCUUCAACCACUUCACCAACUGGUACUGCUGCCCUUCAUGGUGGCACCACCAGGCCAGCCCAGACCGACUCUAACGGUCAUCUAGUGUCUACCACCACCACGGCACCACCACAACACAAGGUCUGCAGAACAGGCUUCACGGACUGGAUCAACAGGGAUCGGCCGGAGACAGGAAACGGAGACCACGAGGCACUGACCGACGCCGAGAAAGCUGACCGCUGUCCUGGAGGAAGAAUGACCCGAGUGGAAUGUUACGCCGAGGCUGGGGAUAUUCCGUCGUACAGCUCAGGAGAAGUUCUGACGUGUGACGCGGCCACUGGUCUGACGUGUAACAAUGCCGAUAACUUCCCGGUCACCUGCACGGACUACAAGAUCAGAUACUACUGCCAGUGUCCAGACAAUUUGAGUGGAGGAAGCACUCCUGGUGUGAACACCACACCAGUCCCGGCUACCUCUCCUCCUCAGUGUCAGACAAGAUGGUCCUCAUGGAUAAACACGGAUAAUCCGACAUCCGACGGAAUGGAAUACGAACACUGGACAGCUGUUCAAAAGCUCCAGUUCUGUCCAGGUGGAAGCAUUGACAAGAUUGAGUGUGUGACCUCUGAUGGUGACAUCCCAUCCUACAGCUCAGGAGAGAUGUUGACAUGUUACCCUGACAGCGGACUCGUGUGUAGGAAUGCCGACAACUUCCCUGUACCCUGUUCUGACUACAAGAUUCGCUACCACUGUGAAUGUCCUGCUGGACCUGUACCAGGUAAAAAUGUAAGAACCACCCCAAGUCCCAACCAGUCCCAGACCACCAAGAAUACACCAACCAAUAUCCCUACAGUUUGUAAAGCCUCUAUGGGAAUGGAGAGCAAACAAAUCCGUAAUGAAAUGAUCACCGCCUCCAGUUUCCGUGAUGCCAAUAGCAGCCCAGAGAAAGCCAGACUGAACACUAACGGAUUCUGGAUGCCGGCUUCUGACACAAGGUCUGAGUACCUACAGAUUGACUUCCUACAGCAGGCUUACUUAACAGGUGUCACCACCCAGGGCCGCCCUGACGCUCCAACUUAUGUGACUUCGUACAAAGUUCAGUUCUCCACAGACGGAAUUAACUGGAAUACAUACAGAGAAGCAGAAGCAGAGAAGAUUUUCAGUGGAAACUUUGAUUCCUCCACCCCAGUGACGUAUUACUUCACUAGUCCACUUCACGCCCGAUUCUUAAGAAUCCUUCCACAGACAUGGCAAGGAAAAAUAGCUCUAAGAGUCGAAGUCAUUGGCUGUCCUGUGACCUAUCCCACAACCACCCCACCACCCACUCCAAAGCCUACGACUGUUGCAUUGACACCAGCCCUGAAACCUGGAGUGACUUCUACCAUAAGAGAAUCUUGCGUCCAGUAUGAUACCUGGGUUAAUGUGGGUCACAACACACCUGGGUCUACAGGUGACAGAGAACCAAUCGACAAGGUGAAAGAGCUGUCACUCAAUUGUCAGAAUCCACUCAAGAUCCAGUGUCAGACCGUAGGGGGUGUGGCCUAUGACCAGACAGGACAGAUUGUCAGCUGUAACCUGUGGGAGGGUCUGACCUGCAACAACAUGGACCAGUUUGACCCCACAGGCUGUUUGGACUACAGGGUCCGACUGGGUUGUUUGAAGCAGACUCCAGAGUGUGUUCCGAUGCCAAACAACAACUUACACAAAACAGUUGCACCUGUUUUGAACCCCCACGUGGUUCCAUGCUUUGAGGGACUAGACACCUCCCAGUGUCCGAACUGUUCUGCUGGUCUCUACUGUGAUGGAAUGAGAUGUGUGAAGAAAGCUGACUGUACAUGUCAAUACAAUAACAAAAUUAUCAUGAAAUCGGACAUUGUCACAACAGACAUGUGUGAAACCUGUCAGUGCUACAGUGGUGAACUAAGAUGUGUUCCCAAGAGUUGCCCACCUUGUUCCACUGGUGAAACAAAAGUAGUCAACAUGACUAGCUGUAGCUGUUCUUGCAAGUCGUGUGAUGCCAACCAAUUCAGAUGUGGAAACGGACAGUGUAUCCCAGCAUCCUCCAAGUGUGAUGGUGUCAUCGAUUGCGACAACGAUGAAGUUGGAUGCUUGGUACAACCUCAUUUCACACCCCCUUCUAUCCCCACACUGUCACCAGUUCCCGGCUCUCAUGUGGUGCCAGUCCACCAGUCAACACCAUUUCAUGACGGCCAUCAAACUCACACCAAACCUCAAACUUGUCACUCUCGCUGGUCAGGCUGGAUGAACUCGCACCACCCUGGGGACCCAGGAAGUCAUGGUGAUCAUGAGCCAUCUGCUGCUGAAUUUUCCAAAACCAACAACUUCUGUACUAGUGGUUCCAUAACAAGAGUCGAGUGCUACUCAGUGUCAAUGGAUGCCCCCGCUGAGUCCUCGGGCGAGAUCCUGACCUGUACCCCCGACAGGGGACUCGUGUGUGAUGACUCGGACAAUUUCCCCAUUCCUUGCGGAGAUUACAAGAUCAGAUACUUCUGCGCAUGUGCUAACAAUACCUCAGUUGUUUCCCCUGUCACAACACCAGCCCCUCAACCCUCUUGUGAUUCUGUCCACUGCCAAGCUCUGGUCAAACCUCCCAUGAUGCCAGGGGAGGUGGCCCGUGUCGUGAAGACUGCUGACGGGUGCUGCGAUAAAUAUGAGUUGGUCUGUAAGCCAGAAACCUGUACUAUCCACCCUCUGACUUGUACCCCUCCCCAACUGAUGAAAAACAUCAACCCAGGGGAAUGCUGUCCAACAUUCCAGUGUGAGUGCCCAGCUGUGUGUCCAACCGCAGUUAAACCAACAUGUCAAACUGGAAAAGUUGCGGUACCUGUAGAUACUACUUGUAAUUGUACCAGUUACACAUGUGUGAGCCGUGUCCCGUUAGACUAUGGACCUGCUGUCUGCUGGUAUAAACACUCUAAUGGUUCAAGUCUUUCCUACAAGGUGAAUGAAACCUGGACAGAUGGAUUAUGUAAAUCCUGUGAAUGUGAGAAACGACUUGGAGGAAAUGUCGAGACAGUAUGUCACCGAGAGAGAUGUAAAGCCUGCCCUCUGGGCACAACGUUAGACCACAGUGACCCUAACAGCUGCUGUGGUACAUGUAAAGAGACAGGGUGUGUGGUGGAUGGACAUGUUUACAGCGAUGGAGAGGCAAUACCAAACGCAAUGAAAUGCUACACAAAGACUUGUUCAGCAAGUUCAUCUGGCUUCCUCAUAAAGGAGACACAAAUACAAUGUCACACAGACAAUCUCCCAGCAUGCCAAGGGAAUACAACAGAGUAUGACCAAUCAGGUUGCUGUCCUACAUGUGUACUAACACCUACGAGUUCCAACCUUGUAGGUUCCAACAAUAGCUGUUCAACCUGUCAACCAACUCUACAGUUUAAAAACCCGGUAUUGACAAUAGGCUACUUCACUCUAACAGAAGGAACUGUAACAUGUAGAAAUGAGCAACCUGUAGCCGAUCUCAUGCAGUGCUCGGGGCAUUGUGAGUCCCAGGCCACUUAUACAAACGUUAUGAAGGGCUUCACAAAUAAGUGUAAUUGUUGCCAGCCCAUACGAACCGUUACAAGGAGUGCCGUUCUUACGUGUUCUGACAAAUCUACCCGAACCAAAUCGUACACUGUUCCCGAGGUGUGUGGAUGUAGGGCCUGUACCAGUGGAACUUAAUUGGACGAUUACAAUUAAAUCUCAUUGACCUCCCGUUUAUGAACAGUAUUUAGUUUAAUGAACAUAUUUUAUACAAAGACAUUUUUUAUUGAAUAUAUUUUUUUAACUUCUUGUCCUAGUUUGUAUAUAUAUUUUUAUGCUAUUUUGUUGUUAUUCAUCUUCAAUCUCAUGUUAUAUAAAUAAAUGCAACUGUUACAAA